UAAUGAUUAUUCAUGUUGCUAAGACAGGGAAGAACUCUAGUACGUGGUCCUCUUGGUGAUCCGAAGUUCCUACUAACUUCCAUAAUAAUGCGGCGCGCAACAUGAGUAGAAUACAGGACGCACAGGGAGUUGUCCUAACCGGGUAUAUCAGCAACAGUGAAGCUUUACCAACGCCGUGUAUAAAUUGUAACGAUAAUGCCGAAGCGUCAGCGACGAGUCGCAGGACAGGCCUCUACAGCGUCCAGGGCCGCCCCAAAAAUGCCUCGGCGAAGCCCCCCUACAACCGCUGGAACUCCCAGGACUCCCUGGAUGAGCUGUCCAUGGACGACUACUGGAUGGAGGUGGAGAACAUCCACCAGAGCGGGGUGCAGUGCAGCGACCCUGAGCAGCAGGAGGAGGUUCAGCUGAAGGUUGCGGAUGAGGGGGAGCAGGAGGAGGCGUGGCUGACGGAGGCGGGGCUGGCCACCCUCUUCGACGAGUCGGCAUCGGACCCCGAGGACAGCAUGGUGCUCCUGUCCACCCUGACGCGCACACAGGCGGCGGCCGUGGAGAGGAGGGUGGAGACCCUGCGUCAGACCCUGAGGAAGAAGAACAAGCAGUACCACGUGCCCGACGUGCGGGACAUCUUUAAGCCCCCGGGCCCACAGGGGGCGACGCUUGAGGAGGCCGUGCCUGAACAGGGAAGUGAAAACGGGAAAGGGGAUGUUGCCUCAGCUGGUAAGGAGAGCAGUGUCUGUAAGAAUGGGGAGGGUCCGGCGGACCGGGGCGUGGCAGAACUGGACACGGCCCUCAACCUGGAUGUCUCCUUUUCUGAGCAGGCCCUCAGCAGCAGGGAGGGGUCAAAGGGCACUGAGGCCCAGGGCGAUGCGGAUGACAAGUUGCCGAAUUUUAAACUGCUGAGAGACAAAACUGGAACGACCAAGGUGUGGGAUCUGUCCCCCCAGGACAUGAAGAUGGUCCGUCGGCUGGUUCUGAUCGAAAUGACGGCGCUGUUCGACACCGCGGGGGUCGACCUCAAGACUCACAAGGCGGUCAAACUCAAAGUAAAAGAAUAUGGCCUGUUUGGAGUUCCUCUGCCCAAUCUAUUGGAGCAAGACCAGAGGAGAAUGCCCGGGGCCAAAGUGCCACUAAUACUACAAAGGCUGAUUUGUCACAUAGAGGAGGAAGGCCUCCACACAGAGGGCCUCCUACGGAUACCCGGAGCGGCCACAAGAGUGAAAGCGGUGUGCCAGGAGCUGGAGGCGAGGUUCUACGAGGGAACCUUCCCCUGGGAGAGCCUGAAGCAGCAUGAUGCUGCCAGUGUGCUCAAACUGUUUAUCAGAGAGCUGCCACACCCGCUUCUGACUGUGGAGUACCUGAGCGCCUUUAUCGCUGUGCUUAAGCUGCCCAACAAGAAACAGCAGCUACAGGCGCUGAACCUGCUAGUCCUCCUGCUGCCAGAGUCCAGCCGUGACACGCUCAAGGCUCUGAUGGAGUUCUUCCAGAGGGUGAUUGACCACAAGGAACAGAACAAGAUGACUCUGAACAACGUCGCCGUGGUGAUGGCUCCCAACAUAUUCAUGUUCAAGGGUUUUCGUAGCAAGAUUAGCGAGCAGCAGGAGUUUGCCAUGGCGACGGAGACGGCUAACAUCGUCCGCCUACUCAUCCGAUACCAGAACCUGCUCUGGACGAUCCCUAAAUUUAUCAUGAACCAAGUAAGGAAGCAGAACAUGGAGAACCAGAAGAAGAGCCGCGACCGAGCGGUGAGGAAGCUUCUGAAGAAGAUGGCUUACGACCGCGAGAAGUCUGAGAAACACGAGAAGAAUGCGGCCGAGACGGACGUCACGCAGGGCUUCAUCAGGGUGCAGGCCCCGCAGUUCUCCAAGGUCUCCAUGGCGAUCCAGCUGACCGAGGAGCUGCAGGCCUCCGACAUCCUCGCGCGCUUCCUCAGUCAGGACAGUGCCCCUUCUGUGAAGCGGGAGGAACUGUGCCUUUACGAAACAGGAGGCAACAUCAAGGAGCGAUGCUUGGACGAGGAGACGUACAUGAAAGACCUCCUGGAGCUCAACCCCAGUGCAGAAUGGGUGAUAAAGUCAGUCCAGCAUUAGAACCCGCGUCGGCUCCGGCACGACCGCCCUUCUUCCGCAGGGAGGGCGGUGGGUUAUGGAGAGAAAAAAAGGGGAAAUGUGAGCGCAUUUUUAAACGCUGCGUCACAACAAACGCUUCAUUGGGAAACACAGCUGACCUCUGGUCCUAAUUAUUACGACGGUCUUUGUGCCUUGGGGGAAAAAAAUAAGUGAGCUGCGCUCACUAAAGGCCUGUGCUGGGCUGAUUAAACCAUGGCCUAUGAGCAUCCAUUUUAAACCAGCAUCAGGAUGACAGCUGAUUUUUCUCAUUAGGCCCUUAGACUGUGAAUCAGCUAAAGGGAAGAUCCACUGUUCAUGUCCUCCAGUCGUUUCUGUUAACCACUGCACCUCUCAUUGGACCUCAGAAGCAAUCUUAACAGUUGUUGAGGAGGUAAAGGAUUCAUUCUCCAGGGGUAAAUGUGGACACAGCUGUCCUCUGUGAUAGGAAUGUAGAAUGUUUUGGUGGGAUUCAAGUUUAAAAGCCUCCAAGGGCUCUUCUUUGAAUUUUUUUGUAUGCGUUUGAAACUUUGAAAAAUGGCAGUAAGUGUCUGGAUAUGGAUCAAUGUUUAGGUGUUUGCAUAUAUCAAAAACACUCCAAGUUGAGCUUAGCAUUUGAAGCCAAUGAAUAGCUGGGGGCGGGGGGGGGGGGACUUAAUUUUCACAGAGAAGUUUGGAUACCAGUAUACUUGGGGUUUCACCCACAGCCACCUCUAAAAUAAUAUAAUCAAAUAGCUCCACGAUGGGGCAAAAUAACAUAAUGAACACAAACAAAAACAUUAGCUAAAUAGUUUUAAAAAAACUGCAAUUUUAGGAUAUUAUUUCCUGCAUAACCUUUCAGAGGUAGUUCAGUGGACCUCUAGUUAAUACCACUAUGAGAAAUUCAACAAAAAGAAAUUUUCUACUCUAGAUGCCUAGACGUCUUGAUGCCUUUAAGGGGGUUCAGUUGUGAUUUGAUUUGUAGAAUGGAGAGCCGGAAUGAAAGAAGAAAGCAUGCUGCACCCUAGUGGUGCUUUGUAGUACAGCUGUGUCGUCACUGAAACAGGAAAUACCUGUGUAUGAGCCUAGUUGGCCUUGUCAGUCUGUACAGUAAGCACUGACUAAGCAACAUUUAAUAAACAUUUAGAAGGUUUUAGGCUGUAGCGCUGGCAAAUCUAAUCCCACUGAAAACCAUUAUUUUACAUAGACUAUUAAACCUGUUAGAAUUUGAGGAUAUUUUUCUAUUUAGGUAUUUUUCUAUGUUGACAUUUAAAAGCAAUUAAUGUCCACGCCCACCCUUAUCCUGUUUUUACUGUUAUUUUUUGUCAGGGUAUUCACAAAAUGACUACACAGUAUGGCACUUAAAUAAUUCAGUGGUUUUUAUGUUGGUUUAUUCCAUAACAACAUUUUAAAUAUAAAUAAUACAGAAAUAAUCCAUUUUCCCUUUUUAACCUGCUUAAAGGUUAUAAGAACAUUUCCUAAAGCGUCUUCACUACAGUAAGUAAAUUAGCACCGUUGCUUAUUGUAUUGUGAUACCUUUCUCAGUUCCACUGCCCUCGAUACAUUAGUAUUCUCUGCCAAAUGACAUUCAACAUUUAAUGGGCUGUUAUGCAAAUGGCCUGUAAAUGCACUCUCACUACAUGUGUGUAUUGGUUCAGUGGGGUUUGGCGGCACUCCAGUUUUUCAAUAGCGAUGCACUUUUCCAUAUUCAUUUUCAGCUGCCAUUUAAAAAAGAAAAAGAAAAAAGAAACCAAAAAAAACAUUCCGGUAGUCAGACGUGGCUUGUCAUUUCAUCCACAUGUUCAAUCUGCCAAGAACGUGUGGAGGGGGGGAGGGAGUGUCACUUCAGAAGAAAAUACAGUAAAAUUUCCAGUGUUAAUUCAACUCGUAGAGAGUACAUAUGAGUCCAGGAGAGACCAUAUGUACUCUGUAAGAGCCAAUUUAACACUGAACAUGUUACAGUGCAAAAAUACAAUCAAAGCUAGUCAUUUCUGAGUUAAACCUGUGAUUACUUAUAAUGGCUACUAUUUACUGUAGCGUCAGUCUUAAAUUGACCUUUUGUGAAUGGUAUAGUUUUAAACAUGGAUCUCCAGCAAAUCCUAGUACCUUCCUAAGCUGGGAUAUUUUGAGAAAUAUGUGUGUUUAAAAAAGGGCAAUAGAACACAUACAUUUACCUAUGAGGUACUGGAGAAAUGAAAUGGAAAAAGUGUAUUUGGGUCCAGCUCAUUUCAUGAAUUGUCUGAAAGACAAUUCAAGACAAGAACAUGUCCUGCCUUCAUUUUGUGCUGAAUACUGUGAACAUGAGUGUUGAAAGAUGCCCCCUUUGUGUACUGAGCUCUUAAGAAAUGACCACUAAACAUUUUUUUUGUAAAUAAACCUAUGCUUAUGCUGGC